AAACAAGACAAAGUCCCCGCUCUCACGCUGAGCAGAAAACAUAUUUCGAAAAAAAGAGAAAAGAAUAAAACAAGGAGAAAGAGGAAAGUGGAAAACAGAGGAAGGAAGAGCUCAAGCAGAUCGGACAAUGGCGGUAAAGAGCCCCUCCUCUGCAGUGCUAGCCCUGAUCUCCAUCCUCCAUCUGGUGGCGUUCAUCCUUAUCAUUGCAGCAGAGAGGAGAAGAAGUGUAGGGAAGGUAGUGCCUGAUGAGUACGAUGAGCAAACAUACUGCUUAUACAGCUCGGAUGUGGCGACUGCGUACGCCAUUGCUGCCCUCUUCCUCGUCUCGAUCAGCCAAGCCAUUGUGAUGGGCAUAACCAGAUGCCUUUGCUGUGGGAGGGGGCACUCCCCAGAACCUCGUCGGACAUCCUCUGUCAUCUACUUCAUUUUCUCCUGGGUGAACUUCGCAGUGUUGGCGUCAUGCCUGGUGGCCGGAGCAGCUCGCAAUGCGUACCAUACCAAGUACAGGGGCACCUUCGGCGCAGGCGACUUCUCCUGUGAAACCCUCAGGAAGGGCGUAUUCAUCGCCGCCGCGGUGCUCACCGCAGUCAACUCCCUCUGGGCCGUCUUCUACUACCGGAGCUACCUCCGAUCAGAGCCGGCACUCGGUUGGAAGCCGUACCGAAGUGAGACUGAUGCCGGCGCCGUCGGAAUGAGCAGCUACGCCCCGGCUUGAACGGGCCUUGCUGCCUGUGAUACUACCCUUUGUGACUCUUCAGUUUUGGCUGCAGUCGAAGAAUCUGCUAAUGUCUUAUGUUUACUUUUCUUCUCGAUUUUUUCUUUUCUUGGGUGUGAUUCUAUAUGAUGUGGGGUGAGUUUCUGGUUGUUUGUGUCCUAAGCCUCAGGACAUUGUAGUGGUAAAAAUUGCAGAGAUAUUUAGGCUUUAAAAAGUGAGAAAAUUUUGUUUUCCUUUUCCCA